AUGACGACGACUUCGAACGGAACUUUUCCUUUUGGAGAGGAAAACGACUCGGAGGAUACUUUUGCAUCGAUUUCGAUCGUUCGAAACGGUCAGGUGUCGUCGCCUUCGUGGACGGUGGUGGUCCCCGCACCGCGCGCUCUUUCUUCUCCUCCGUUCGUGUUGGAGAACAGAAGUAGUACGAGUUCUUUAUUCGCGUUCCAACUCGCGCCGAGAGGAGGAUACCUGACCAUCGAAAACAAUUUAGGAUGGAGUUACGAGUUGCAAUCGCAAUUAUCGUAUUUCCUGGACGUCAUCGCGGUCGCGUCGAGCACGGAAGUCGUGGUUUCCGUGCAAAACCAGACGCACAGAGCGAACGUUGGUUUUUUGUCAACCACGGAGGAUGUGAAAAAUACGAGCAUUUUUUCUUCGUCGUAUUCGUUGCGAGAGGCGAGCGAGAAGUUAACUCGUUUUAACGCGGUGUCGUUUGCGGACGAGAGCGGGAUUGGGAGCGACGUCUCGGUGCGAAGCGUGAGGUUGAGAGCGAGUUCGAUGAGCGACGAUGAAGGCGGAACGCGAGAGACGUUCGCGACGACGGGAGGGACACUUUUGCUUCUGCCGGCGUUUGGAGCGAUUGGUGAAAGCGAUGAGAACAACGAAAGCGGUGGUGCCAUUGGUGAAGAGGACGUUACGUUUCUCUUCGACGCGAAAGAUGAAGACAGCGAAAAAAUGUUGAUCGUUGGAGUCAGCGUCGCGUGCGCUUUGUUGGUCGCGGUACUCGUCGUCGUGUGUUACUUUGCUAAGAAACGGAUGAAAAAAGGAAAGCAUUUCACGGACAGAAGUGAAAUAGCGAGCAAAGAUCGCGUGCGUACGUGGCUACAUUAUCUCGAGAGGAUGCAUUCGAAAUCGUCUCUGGGCGGUGAAAGCGGCGCGUUCGACGCGACGACGACGACGACGCAUUCGAGACCAUUCACGCCUCUGUCUUGGAAGACAUCUCGUAGCAAACGAAGAAGUAGCGGAGAAGGUGGUGGUAUUGACGAGCUCGAGAACGAAACGGUAAUAAAUAUCAGCGGAGAAAUUGACCAAGAAGAAAAGAAAAAGAAGAAGAAUAAAAACAAAUCUUCCGAGGCGAGACGAUUGAUGGCUCCCGCGCCGUCUACGCUAGAGAUUACAGGUUGCGAGGAUGUGGUCCGUCGCACGUCUACUAAACCUCCUAAAUCAAACGUCUCUUCGUCUAUACCGACGACGGAGGAAUCACCGAGAGGAGAGAUGGAUCGUUUACAGUUGCUGAGAAGAAGUACGAAAGAUACGACGCCGGCGCAUUCGCCAGCGAUUUCGCGGCAAAACUCGCUGCUCAAUUCCAACGAGGGAGAUAUGGGAGAAGGCGCGGAGGCGAGAGUUUCACUCAACGCGCUCGCCAAAGAAAUCGAAAAGUUACAAAAUAGCAUAAAAGAUGAUACAAAUAAUAAUAAGUUCAGGUCAUCGUCGUCUUCGUCGUCCAAGCUCGAAUUAACUCCGGAUAAAGAAGACGAAGUGCCGUUUGAAAAUUUAUCCGAAGUCGAACUCGAGAAGGACGUUCGAAUUUACGAGCGCCUGGGAGGUGGCGCGUACGGUACGGUUUACCGCGGUAAAUUUCGCGACCGUGAAGUCGCCGUGAAAACGCUUCGAGUGAACGCUUUGCCUACCGCAACAUCCGCAUCGACUACCACGCCUACGCCUUCCCAAAACAACGAGGAGGUCAGCGAAGACAUAAAGAUGUUGAAGUCUGAGGUUGAAAUUCUUCGUCUCGCGAAGCACACGAACAUCGUCUCCGUAUAUGCCGCGUGUUUUGAGCCCAUACACAAAGCGCUACUCGUCGUUCAACUCGUCCACGGAGGAUCGCUCAACGAAAUGUUGCAUCGCGAAAAUAACGAAAGCGUCAAACUGUCGGGUACUUUGUUACGCACAAUCCUGUUGGACGUUGCGAAAGCGAUGGAGUAUUUGCACAGCCUGAAGCCGAGGAAAAUUUUACACCGCGAUUUGAAACCUCAGAAUGUCCUCGUGGAAGCUAAAGUACUUUCUGAUGUGCUCGAGAAGAGGCGACAGCGGAGAGGCGACGAUUACGAUAUUUUAGACGACGACGGUGAUAACGCGCCGACUCUAAAAUACAAGGCGUACGUUUGCGAUUUCGGUAUUUCUCGAUUACUACCGCUGAUGGCAAACACUUUGAAAACGAGCACUGCACAUGUCAACGCGGGGACAGCGAAUUACAUGGCACCGGAAUUGUUUACCGGACACUACCCGUGUUCGACGAAAGCAGAUGUUUUCUCGUUCGGCAACAUCGUAUACGAAUGCGCCACCGGGCGCAUUCCUUUUGAGAAGUGCGUGCACUUUCGCAUCGCGUUCCUCGUCGGCAUGGAAGAUAAGCGAAGCGAAAUUUUGCCGGAAGAUAAAGUUCGCGAGGAUGUUCGCGAACUAAUCGAAAGGUGCUGGAAAACAGACCCGAAAGAGCGACCAGACUUUACAGAGAUUGUGCAAACAAUCUCGCGCUUUCCCGCCAAGAAGAAUUUUGACGAGACGAAGGAAGAAUAA